AUGCCACAACUAGACACCUCAACUUGAUCCAUUACGAUCCUAUCAAUAAUUAUUACCCUAUUCCUUGUAUUUCAACUAAAAGUAUCAAAAUAUUACUUCCCAGAAGACCCCAAACCAACACUAGUAGCCACACCAAAACCCGUUACACCUUGAGAAAAAAAAUGAACGAAAAUCUAUUUUCCUCUUUUAUUACCCCUGUAA